AUGGGCGAGCCUGCGGAAAAGAAAAGCAAACUUAUCUCAACGGAACAGGAAACAGGUGCCGCUGAACAAUUUUCUCUUGAUCAGUUGUACGUUCAAAAGUACUCCCUUGCUGUUUGUACGGAGGAACUGAUCAAUGCGGUGAAAAUCUCGAAAGAUAGACGCAUAUUGGCCACGUGCUCCUCCAAAGGCGUCAUUAGAGCAUACAAUUUUGAGGAUGGAUCGCUUUUGGCCACUCUCAGAGGACAUACCAAGGGUGUUUCGGAUAUUGCCUUUUCACCCAUCAACAGUGACAUUGUUGCGUCGGGGUCUGAUGACUUGACCAUCCGCCUCUGGUCUCUAUCACAGCGCAAGUGUAUUCGAAUUUUAAAGAAGCACACUUACCACAUCACGACGUUGACCUUCAACUCAAAAGGCAGUAUGCUUAUCAGUGGAGCGGCCGACGAGACAAUCGUCGUGUGGGACCUUACUACUGGGAACAGUCUCAAGACGCUAGCAGCACACUCGGAUCCUGUGAGCUCGGUGUGUUUGACUCCAGAUGACACAAUAAUUGUUAGUUCGUCCUACGACGGGUUGAUGAGGCUUUUCGACACCGAGACCGGUCAGUGUUUGAAGACACUUAUUUACAAUAGUACGUCUCACGGUACCGCUACAGCAUCCACGAGCGACGUGGUAAACUUUCCAAUCUCCAAAGUCACAAUCUCGCCCAACGGGAAAUACAUCUUAAGCUCGAGCUUGGAUGGGAAGAUCCGAUUGUGGGACUAUAUGAACAAUAAGGUCGUGAAGACGUACUUGGGAGUUGGCGGAACUGCUAUCAACAACAAGUACAACAGCGGCUCUGCAUUCGUGCAGAAAUCUUCAGUCCCAAUCGUCGUCUCAGGCUCAGAUUGCUGUGGCACUUUGUUCUGGGACUUGCAGUCGAAAGCUAUUGUAUACCAGCUACAGCCGGGACAAACAAUAUUGGACGUGAUGACUAUUGACGGAGGUGCCUUCCUUGCUACAUGCAGCCUCUCAGGCGCAGUUGAAGUUUUUGAGCUCAAUCAAAAAUACGCUGCUUCAACCAUGAAGGAUUGUUCAAUGGAUGAUCAAAGAAGCGGAGCUGGGAACGACAGUCGACAAAGCCCAAAUGAGAGCGUUAAAAAUGAAAGUGCUUCCGGUACGCCUGCCGAAACACCUGCCGAAACACCUGCCGAAAUAACCGUCGAAACACCCGUCGAAACACACGCCAAAACACACGGCGAAACACCCGCCGAAGCACCUACUGAAUUACCUGCUGAUAUACACACAAAUGGCUGUGGCGAGCCAAGAGAACAUAAACCCGCUGAAAACUAA